GUGCGAAUUAAGAGUCAUGGUAUUUCAGCAUCGGAUCUCUCAACCGUGAAAAAUGGUCUAUCGAUUUAGGUUAUCAACCCUUUACAUGUGCAAGAACUCGAUAUUUUAAAUCAUUGCUCUUUAUUCGCUGUAUUGUGACAAUGACAGAUACACAAUCCCCAACUACCGAAUCACAAACGACGAUCGACGACGCUCGAGCUCGUUCAAGAAGGUCGUUCAUCGCAGUGUUAAAAGCUAACCGCGAUGUCUUCUCCAAUUUACCGGAAAAGAUUGAGCAGUGGUUUGAGAAGGAAACAAGGGCUACAAAUCAGCCCGAAGCGACCGAACACGGGUACGUUAGACAACAUUGACGAAUGAAUCGAACAUUAGAAUAUACCGUGCAGAUAUCUUGCCUUAAAUUUUCACAUAUCUCCAAGUUUAAUGUCACAUAUUUAAAUCUAAUACAUAGUUAAGUGUCUGGUGUUAACGAGACAACUUCAUCAGCAGAUUUUUUCUCGUUAAGCAGAAGAGAUGAGUCAGACGGAUUAGCACGAUCAGACACGAAAAAGCAACUGGAAUGUUUUCAAGCAGAAAUAAACGCGAAUACUCAAAGGUAAGUCGGGCUUUUCACUUGUACACUGUUAUGUGCGAGCUUCCAUAUGACGGGGGUAGGGUCAGUCAUAAGUGUUUAGGGAGAAACUAAAGAUACUCAAGAGCCACUGACCAUGAGCAAAUAUCUAGAAUUUUCCUAAAGGACCCUUUUAAUGAACCUUUUUCAAAAUUAUAUCGAAAAGUUCAAUUGAGCUUUGCAUGCUGAAAAAUCGAGAAGAAUAUACAUCACAACGCAAUACAUUCCCUAAAGAUCAUUUCAAUAAUUUACUAGAUCUGACGUACCGACAUAACGUAAUCCGGGCAAGAGUCGUUUGCGGUUAAUUAAGUGAUAAUUCAAUGAAUCACACAAAACUUGACGCGCAUUCGUAUUCAUAGCAAACCUCACAUGUACCUAUCGGUGGAAUCUUGAUAUUUAUAGUCAGUGCUUUGUCAGUGCUCUUCAAACGUGAUUCGGUCUGGCAUCAACGAUUUAAUCGAUCUGCUGUCUCCGGAAAAAAAAAUACAUUUUGGGGUUAACCAUCUGUUAAGGACGAUUUCACGGGCGAAUUCGAUACGAUAAACGGUAGGCAAACGUUAACCUUUUAUCUGAUGUAUUUGCGACAUCGUAACGAUAAUUCGAGAUUAGAGAUUCAGCCGUGUUGGUAAUUAAUUCAAAAAGGUCGAUCGCGAUCCUGUAACGCAACAAUAGCUUCACGAAAAUAUCAUGCGUAAUUGUCACGAUAAAGUUCCGAGCUGAACAUUACUAUGGACAUUAGUAGGGUUUGUAAUUGGUGUAAUUGACUAAUUCGAUUAACGCUCCUCCCCAAUUCUUGGGAGAGUGUGGUUUUAGUCCAGAGGAUCCUUUCAAAUUGGAAUUCACAAAGGGAAGCCGCGAUGGACCUAGCAGAAACAAUUAAGGACUAGAAAAGACAAAGUUUUGAAACUAGUAGUUACUUGGUUUUUCCCGUCCACAUUUUUUCCUCAAUAAGAUAAGCUAACUGUUUUUUCACAGGUUGUGAACCGAGAUCACGUUACAAUAAAUGAAUGGCAUUAUGAACAUCAUCCCUGACGUAAUAAAAACCAAAAUUACGUUAUGUCGCGAUCAUUUACUUGUAGUAAGUAUUCUUCGGUCACCCUGCGAUGAACUAAGGAGUAGCUACUGAUAGAUUCAGUCGACGGAAAAAGCGAUAAGUUCCGGUAGUGUGGGCCUCUUGGCUCGAGUUUUAACCUUACAUAUUGCCAUUGAUGUAGAUGAUAGUAAUAAUAAUGGGCGAAUACUAUAUUAUUAUCAUCAUCAUUAUCAUUGCCAUGAUAAUAACGUUCAAUAUGUUAAUUUAUCUUAUUUUUAAUCAUCAAAUAUCAAUUUUGAAUAAGUGGUAGCGUUCUUUACAGUUUAGCAACCCUGGACCAAACUGUAAGAGAGAUGACUGCAGCACUUGAGGCCAUGAAAAGCGUACACAGCUCAAUGGUGUUCAGCAGAGACAGGUUUACUCGAUUUCGCAUUUCGUAUAUUUUUAUAGUGAUUCUUAGAAAACUGUUAGGACUGCAAAUCACAUUGCAGGUUUUCUAGCAUGUAUAUCCUUCCGUAUACAAAUAUAUAUGUAUAAAUAUAUAAUUUUGCUCAAUAGUCAGGAAGCAGAUACCGAAAGAAAGUAGUAUCGUUCAACCAUCGCCACAGAAAAUUCUGACACUUGAUUCUGGUAGAGAAAGAUCUCCUGAUCAACGUGUGGCAGUUCGUAGAGUUGAAUUGAACAGGAAACGAAGCUGAGAUCUAAAUUGACCGUUUUGCUCCCAAUGGACGAGCAAAUGCGACUAAAAAAUGAUGGAAAUUUCACAGCAAAGUAAAUAGAUAUGUGAAAUAUGUGACAAGAUGAUGAUGAGAAACGUCACGUGAUUGCCAACGUCAGCAUUUUUGUCUUAUUCUAGUAGAAGUAUCAAGAAGGUAGCUAACUUAUUACCAUUACCUCAGUAAAUUGAUCUUAUUUGCAUCUGGAAUUUCAAUGUCUUUUUAAGCUUGUUAGAUCAGAAUUGAAAACGAGGCGAUACAAAAUAAAGAGAGAUGUAUCUUUGGCAAAAUGUUGAUAAGACACAAACAUAAAAAUAGAUUGAAAACGAGAGGAAUUACGAUCUGCAUUAAAAACGGCAUUGUUAAAUAUGAAAGGUAUGUUUCGAUACUACUGACGAUACCAUCCUAAAUGGCAAAAGGGUGUCAAUGAGACAGGAUAGUUUUGUUAACGGUUUAUCAGAUUGUUACGUUAGUAUCUUGUGUAUUUUUAGGAUUCUCUUUCAUUCGAUUAUUACGUUAGUAUAUCGCUCACUUUUAGGAUUCUCUUAUGUUAGAUUGUUAAGUUAGUAUCUCGCGCACUUUUAGGAUUCUUUUUCAUUAGAUUGUUACGUUAGUAUAUCGCACACUUUUAGGAUUCUUUUUCAUUAGAUUGUUACGUUAGUAUCUCAUACACUUUUAGGAUUCUCUCUCAUUCGAUUGUUACGUUAGUAUCUCGCGCACAUUUAUGAUUCUCUCAUUAAAUUGUUACUUUAGAUUAUCAUAUAAACUACGGUGUUAUAUAAGGAUUUCCAGCUCAGCGAAAAAGAAUUACCAUAUUUUUCACGUGAGAUUGAUAUCGCAAAUCAGCUGCCGACACGUCACUCGUCUUAGGCGCCACCCGGUCAGGUUGAUGAAAGAAGGGCAAAGCCUUCACCAUUCCGCUCAAUCCUUGAUUUUUUGUUGGAAUUUUCUCGGAUUAUGGCUGCUAAAACAGUGAAAUAUCCGUAUUGCUUAUAGAAAAUGACAUUAAACUUUUCUAGAAGGGGAAGGAAACCAAAAUACGAAGAGAAAAUCCGAAAGUUACGUAUUCAGUGGCUUUGCUGAUGGCAUUUCGCGCGGCUGAGGACGAAAAUCAACAACUAAAAGAUUUGCCACAAGCCGAUUUUGGCGGUGUACCUGAAAGAUUUCUUCUGUCAGUAAGAACCAAUUCAAUAACUGAGAAUUUUGUUGCAUGGUUACUUGUAGAUAUGAAACUUUGUUAUGUGGGUAUCUCGCGCGCUUUUACGAUUCUCUUUGAUUUGACUGUUACCUUAGAGUCUCGCGCACUGCAAGAAACUCCUUCAUUCGUGAGUUACUUAAGUAUCUCGAGUACUUCUAAGAUUCUCUUUCACUGGAUUGUUACGUUUGCAUCUCGCACACUUCUAGGAUUCUCAUCCAUUCAAUUGGAACGUUAGUCUUUUGCUUACUUUCACUAUUUCAAACAUAGAUCGAAGAUAAAAAUGUCGUGGAUUUUGAGGGAAUCAUUAAUAAUCUGGCUAAAACUGCCAGUGGUGAUUUUUGUUAUAAAAGGUAUCGAAAGCUCUCAGGACACUCGACGCGAUCUAAGCGUGAUCUCAGUUGUGAUCUUGUCGAUGGACAGAAACAAUGCGUAGUGGUGUGUACAAAGACAAGUCAUCAAUAUAGUCAGCCAUCUUUUAAUAUUAUAGUAUUAAAUGAAAUCUCAAGCGAAAAUCGGUGAAAAUGAGGAUAAACUGAGCAUUUUUGGUAUUCUGAAGACCAGUUAACCAUCCUAAAGAUUCUUCCAGAUCUUAAGCUGUUGUUAGCAAGCGACUGAAGUAUACAAAUUCUUUAAACCGUUUGACGGUUAAUAUUGAUUUGCAUUUUGGACAGUUGACCGUAAAAAUCUAUCCUCUUUGACUACUGACGGUUAAACUCCAUCGAAAUCCUCUUGCGAAUGUUCAUGUUACAGUUUGAAUUUUAUUUAGCGAACGCGUUAUCGCUGCUAUCGAAUCACGACUUAAGAUUACUCCAUACAGAAUCGUGAACUAAUUUAAAAAAAUGUUAAGCAAUAAGAGGAGUGCAAAGGUGGUAUUUUAAAGUAAUCCAUAUAAAACCAAAAUAAUAUUAACUAUAGUAGACUGAUAAUGGUAAAUAUACAUACGAAGAGGUAGUAAAAUGACUUCGAGUGAAAUUAGGUGUAAACAAGUACGAGUAAAUUUUUCAAAGACAACAAAAUUGCACGAGCUCGUGGGGUGAGUCCAAAUUGCUGUCUUGAAAAAUUUACAAACGCUCAGUUGCAUCAAACUGCACCCAAAAUUGUGUUAUUACUUAUUAAUAAUUAACAUGAAAAAAUCAAUACAGAAAAUCAAGGCCGACGAAAUUUUUUGCCUUCGUGUUAUAACUUUACACUCGUGUUACAUGAAGAAUGCACUCGUUUUCAGCUUAUCAGAAGCGCGUAAUUUUUUAUGUGUAUCAUUAUUUUACUCAGUAUGUAAUAAAACAGGAUAUAGUAUUGCAAAAAAGAUGAUUUUGACUCAUUUAUUCCUGCAACCGUUAGUAUACUUUCCAGUGCAAUUCCCGUGGUGUUGGGAGGUGGAUAGCAAAAGAAAUCCUUCAAUGAUACACUCAAAAAUACCACUUCUGCCCGCCUGUGCUUCUGUUAUAUUUUAUUCAAAUUGUUCAGGACUCUGUUAGUCUUACGUCGUGAUUCGUUAGUUAAGUUAAAUUCAAACCGUAACGCGAGCAUUUGGAACUGAAGUGGGAUGAACUGAAAGCAGUCACGUGACAUACCUUAUCAUCAUCUUGUCAUAUGUUUCACAUCUACUUACUUGACUGUGAAGUCUCCUUUAAUUAUUAGUCACACUCGCUUAUCCAUCAGGAGCUAAAAGGUCAAUUUAAAUCUCGGCCUCGUUUUCGUGUUGAAAUCUAGAGCGCGUGACAAAAAAGCCCUCUAUUUUGAAAAGCAUACCACAAUUCAACUCUACAAACUGCCACACGUUGAUCAGGAGGUAUUAGUGACAUUUAGCACCAGGGUUUUCGGCGGAAACCUCGAACGGCAAACCGGUGGAGGUCACGUGAUCAGGCCCUGUGGUCACGUGAUCAGGCCCUGUGGUCACGUUCGGAGUUCUCAACGCGCGAAUGUUAUGUAAACCAGUCUUUUUAGAGCAAGUUUAGAUAUAUUUUUUAGCGAAUGAAUGAAAAUAGGACUUCUUGUUGCCAUUUGAAAAUCAAACACUGCUGUUGUCUGAAAAUUCAAUUUCAUGUUUUUUUCGAAGUUUUGUAGCUUAAGUGGUAGAAGCCAUAAACGUCACACACCAAACGCCUAACCUGGAACUGCCGUUUCAGGUUUGCCGUUAAUGCAAAAAACCUGGUGCUAAAUGUCUCUAUUAUACCACCAGAAGUAAGUGUCAGACCUUUUCUUUGGCGAUGGUUAAACGACUGAAACUUUUUUAUUUCCCUAUCUGCUCCCUCACGCUACACUUUGUUAUUAGGUACGUGGAGAGAGAAUUGAAGGAAAAAGAGGAUACAAUAGAAGCAAACAAAGAACAGUUAAAACUGGUGGAAGAGGAGUGAGAACACCUAAAUUAAUAUCCUAAUGAGUAAAAUAGCUACGUUUAAGACCUAUAAAAUCGCCCUCUAAAUUGCUAUGGUUAGUGUUCCUCGAAACCAGCACUCCUUAGACUCAUUUAACUGCCACUUACUUGUGGUGCUCCAUAAAUAGACGAAAAAAGUUUGUUGUACUCUUCGUCUCCACUGAGAUAAGAAGUUCUGAGCUUCAAAAGAAGAGCAAAGAUAUGCUAAAGGUACAAGAGCGCAAUUAAAGGUACAUCAAAGUGGUUUAAAGAACGGGCAAAAUCUUGAAAGAAUGCAAUUUGUAAAGAUUUUCAAUCUGAGUGUUGAUAUGCCUAUGAUAUUACUAAGUCGUCACUGAAUAAUUCACGUAAAUCAAAUAUCUUUCGACAUUUUCAAUGCAUUGGUAUAUUUCCCAAGCGAAAGUGCCACUCUUGCAACCUCAAAGAAAUUCAGAAUUCUUGACUUGAAAUGAAAAUCUCCAAUCUGAUUUAGAGACAUUUUUCUUUAAAAUAUGAUUUAACGUGAAAUUUUAUCAAAACAAAUCCAUAACAGCAAAAUGGCAAAGGGCAACACAACUGUUGCCAACAGAUUUCCUGGCUUUAAAUUAAAAUUUCAGUUAUUAAUACAGUUAUAUUUUCCAUAGAUUAUAAAUGUAUUUAAGUUACCCCCAAAUUGCAUCUCACAAAUAAAUUUGACGCGGCAAAAAUUGUUAAGUUGAGGUGCUUUAGCUGAUACUAAUGUCAGAAUGCCGAAUAAUUGCUUUCCAGAAAUAAAUGUUGGCAAAAACAAUUUUGAUGCUUUAGGAUUUACUUAACAAAACACAAUGUGAAGAGUGCUAUUCAGUUGGUUUUAAUCAUAAUUGUACGGUACAUGAAGAAGCUCUUUCUUUUCUUAGGAAUCUGAAACUCAAAGAAGAAUUGAAGCAAAAGGAUAAAGAGGCAAAGGACAAAAUUACAAAGCAAGAGGAAAAGUAAAUUCUCAAAUUAUAUGAUUUAAAAUUUAUUAACAUUUUACUGUAUUUUCAUACCAUCUCACUAGUAUAGGUUGAAUUUGAGACUGCACGGGAGCAGCGAGUCUAAUCUUAACGGCCAAAAGAGUAUGAUCGUGACCGUGUUGGUUUCCCGCUGAAGACUAGAAGAGAAGCAUGAAGAUACGACGCAAAAAAACAAUGGAUCGAGCAUUUUACAGAACCUUUCUUGUCACGUUUCCCUCUGUAACUUAGAUGGAAGCGUCAAAAACUUAAAACUGUUGUGUGGUGUGUGGAAGGAAGUGAUGUCCAAGUCAGCUAACGACUUCGAGUCUUGUUUUAUGAUUGUUUGUACGAUCGAUGAAGAUGAUGUUUUUUAUGAAGGAUGCAGGAGGCUUGUUGAAGAGCAUAGACAUAUUGGAUAAUACGUUAAUCGUGUUAUUGCUCUUUUAAGUUACCGUUUGAUCGUUUGAAGUUCUCACUUUCCUGUAAGCGUUUUGUAGAGCUUCAACUGCUGGUGCAGUGAACUUUCAAUUUAAGCGAGAGACGAGAGACGAAUGAUGAAAGUUUUCAGAAAACAAUUUUGACGCUUUAGGAUUUACUUUACCAGACACAAUGUGAAGAGUGCUAUUUAGUUGGUUUUAAUUAUAAUUGUACGGUGCAUGAAGAAGCUCUUUCUUUUCUUAGGAAUCUGAAACUCAAAGAAGAAUUGAAGCAAAAGGAAAAAGAGGCAAAGGACAAAAUUACAAAGCAAGAGGAAAGGUAAAUUCCCAAAUUAUAUAAUUUAAAAUUUGUUCACAUUUCACUGUAUUUUCAUACCAUCUCACUAGUAUAAGUUGAAUUUGAGAGAGCACGGGAGCAGCGAGUCUAAUCUUAACGGCCAAAAGAGUAUGAACGUGACUAAAUCCUUCAUAUUGGCCCUCCACCAAACAUUAUCUCUUUGAAUUUAUUUAGCACUUUUUGUCACGUUCCAGACUUAACGUACUUUCCGAAAUCAGACAUAUCUAUGUACAUCUGUUUGUUGCUAAUAACCUUAUUAGUCAAUAGACUUGCAGUUGCUAUAUAUCUGGUAGAACUUGUUGAUCCUCGGAAACUUAACGUGGCUUUAAAAUGAUUAUGUCACAUGCAGUUUUGUAGCGCAUUAGAUAGCAGCACCCAACUUAUACCCGGGAGUUACGGGUUCGAAUCCUGUCGUAACUUAAAUUUCUUCAGGCUUCUUUUCUUCAAUUUCAAUAAUUGUAGCACAUCUGCGAGGAAUUUUUGUUUUCUUGAGUAUAAGUCCAACAUGAUUGGGUGUUAAAAACCAACCAGUCAGUAGAGAGGCAUUUUAUAAUUUUUUUGUUUGAUGCGAGUAACCGCUGGUAUGUGCCUGUGUUGGUUUCCCGCUGAAGAUUAGAAGAGAACCAGGAAGAUACGUCGCAAAACAACAAUGGAUCGAGUAUUUGACAGAACCUCUCUUGUCAUGUUUCCCUCUUUAACUUAGAUGAAAGCGUCAAAGUCUUAAAAUUGUUGUGUGGUGUGCGGAAGGAAGUGAUGUCCAAGUCAGCUAACGACUUCGAGUCUUGUUUUAUGAUUGUUUGUACGAUGGAUGAAGAUAAUGUUUUUUAUGAAGGAUGCAGGAGGCUUGUUGAAGAGCAUGGACAUAUUGGAUAAUACGUUAAUCGUGUUAUUGCUCUUUUAAGUUACCGUUUGAUCGUUUGAAGUUCUCACUUUCCUGUAAGCGUUUUGUAGAGCUUCAACUGCUGGUGCAAUGUACUUUCAAUUUGAGCGGAAGACGAAGGACGAAUGAUGAAAGUUUUCAGAAAAGUUUUUUUUGGCAUGAAUCACAACCAGCGGGGCCGAUUACCAAAAUAAAGGUCAAUGUCGAGUAAAGAAAAGUAAGAUAACGUUUCUUCUACAGAUAUGGUCGUCAAAUCAAAGGAGAGCUUGUUAGAAAUGGAGGAAUAAUUAUAGAUUUAUCAGAGUAAAGAAACCUUUUUUGAAUCAUUAGUCUCGGAAAUAUCAUCGGUUAUGGUCAAUGAUGCGACAAAUGUCAUCAAAAUUUGAUGACUUAAUUUUGGUCAAACUAGCCCUGAGUCUCAACAGAUGAUCGAGUAUUGCACCAUGAGUGGAGAGGUGUGUACAAAGACAAGAGAGACCAGCCUGUUGCCCUAUGAGCUCAAAAGUGAGACCAGUAAUAAUUAAUUCAGUUAAGGCAAGUUGCGUGGAGAGAGCGAAAGACUGAUAAUUUAAACUGGUAGUGAGCUUCUGGUACUAAUGAGAAACUUUUGAAUACCAGCUUGCCAUGGUAAAUGUCACAGCUAUCCGUUCUAUCAAUAAUACCAACUCUAUGUAUUGGGUUCACGUCAAAUCUAUACACAGCAGAGAACAUAAAAGUCAAUUGCUAUCAUCAAUCUCAAUUAGUGAAGAAAUAAGAAUUGAAGGAUCAAGACAUUUCUUGCAAAGUGAAAUGCAAGUCAAACUGGUUUGAAUACAUUUGAACCUGAAUUUCGUUUUAAAAUACGACAGAAAUAGUAUAGUCAAAAAUUCCAAAGAAUCAAAGAGUUGAAGCCCCUUGAGUUAUUAUCAAUUUGUUAUUCCUAGUCUCAUAUUUUCUUAGAAACAGAGAAAGUUUGAUUAUGUUAAUCUGCGAGCUUCAUUAUGCACUUCGACUCAAAAGUCAUUUCGCAAGACAGAAGCAUUCUUCUGAAACAAACAAGACAGAAUGAAAGUGACGCCAUUUGUUUCGAGUAACACAUGAACAUAAAGAAAACGAUACAAGUUUAAACUCAUGAGACAAAGCCCGCGUAUUUUUUUUGAGGUGAAUAAACUGGUAAGACCGAAAGCUAAGUAAACAAUGAACUGACAGUAGUGAGGGAUUGGGGGCCAUUUGAUGAACAAGUUUUACCGAAAUUAUUCCUCUAGUUAGCACUUCAAGCCCAAAUAGGCAAUUAGAAAAACUCCCACCAGAACACAACAAAAAAAUAAUAUAAAACCGGAGAUGAUGGGGGCAUGACUAUAACCGUCAUUAAGACGCAUGCCUACAUACCAUGUACAACAGACCCGGAGAGCUAAAAAGAUCAAAGACGGUUGUGAGCCAUUACUUGGAAAAUCAACCUAAACCUCCCAAAAAAGAAUUCGCCAAAGAUUGUAGUAAGAGCAACUCAAUCCUGAAGCGUUGUGUCCUAUGUGACUACAAAGAGAAAGAAAAGAAGCUUGGGGGACACCUCGAACUUAACGCAAUUUUAUUUCAAAGUUGAAGUAAGAUAAGAUCAAAUUCAAAAUUAUCUUCUUUCAUGGUAACAAAUUUCUCACGAUCGUCUCCAAAAUAAUGUCGUGAUUCAUAGAAGUAAGACAUCAACAUCUUAAGACUUACUGUAAAGGUUUGUUGUCUCAUGCGCACAUCUUGAUCUUCAGGAAACCAAAUCUCAAACUUCAAGUUUUCGGCCUUUUUUUUUGCGUUUUGUUCACACUUUGUCCACAAAAGUAUCCUCUUCCGAAGAGUCAGCAAACGCCACGAGUAUCCACAGAGUUACAAAUGGUUAAACUUGGUAUAUUCUUUCAGACCUCUUCAAAAAUUAUAUGGUGAACAAUGGUGGGUACAAAACCACACGAGAUCAGAGUGAGUUGUUCUGGUUUUGAAUCUCUUUUCACAGAAUUGACACUCUUCUUAAGGAAAAGGAGGAGGAAAUCGCGAAAUAUACUCAAAUGUAAGUUAAUAGACAAAAUGUAACUCAACUUGUUUGAAGAUGCCGUGCUCACCCCAUGAAUGUUAAUACAAGAGAGAUACUCUGUUCAAUGUCCACGCAAAAUCACUGUGCACUUUAGACAAACAUUGAUUUAUGGCUGGAACUCUUGCCCCUGCAGCAAUCGUUCUAAUGUGUUUCUCUGAGGUCACAUGACCGCCGUUCCACGUGAGCAAAGCGUAAUUGAAGGUGGCGUGACAUUCUUACUUUGUAGCAUUUUUAGGCUUUUGUACACGUUUUUGUUUCCCCAAUAAAAAACAUUCAGAUGCUCAGAUUUGACCAAUCAUUGUGAACCUUUCGUUUCUAUUAACCUUCUCUGGGUGUUAAUUCGCGAAGAAAGGUAUGAGCGUUGUGUGUUAGCCAAACAGUUUCAUAAAAAUCGCUCUCACGCUUGUUUCAGGACCUUUAAGAAUAACUUACUAAAAUGCAAUGGCCUAUAAAUACAGGUGUAUACUCCCCGGAUAGGUGUGACAAUUCAAUAAAUUCCGUCGGAAAUUUAGGCAAGUUUUACAACAACCAUUCGCAGAGUGCUGCUCACUGAUUUAGUUUUGUUAUCAUUUCUUUAAAUGGUGUCACAUACGACCCAUUUUUAAUCGUGAAUUGUAUGCUAUAUGAAUAAGCUCUUUCUUUUCUUAGGAAUCUGAAACUCAAAGAAGAAUUGAAGAAGAAGGAAGAAAUGGCAAAAGACAAAAUUAAAGAGCGAGAGGAGAGGUAAAUUCUGAAAUCAUGUGGUUUAAUUUUUUUUACAUUUCUCACUGCUAUAAAUUGAAUUUGAGACAGAACAGGAGCAACGAGUCUAAUCUUAACAACCAAAAGAGUAUGAACGUAAUAGACUAAAAUCCUCCAUAUUGGCCACCAAACAUCAUCUCUCUGAAUUUAUUUAACACUUUUAGUCACGUUCCAGACUUAACGUACUUUCCGAAAUCAGACAUAUUUAUGUACGUCUGUUUGGUGCUAAUAACCUUAUUAGUCGAUAGACUUGCAGUUACUAUAUAUCUUGUCGAACUUGUUGAUUUUCAGAAACAUAAUGUGGCCUUAAAAUAAUUGUGAUUAUGGGUAAAUAUUAUGUCGAUCUGUGAUCUCUUAUCUGACUUUGAUUUUCAUCAUAUUCCUCCACGGGAACAAAGAACAGUUCAAAAUUUUCGGUCUUUUUUUUCGCGUUUUGUUCGCACUUUGUCCACAAAAGUAUCCUCAUCCGAAGAGCCAUCAAACGCCAUGAGUAUCUACAGAGUUAUAAAUGGUUAAACUUGAUAUAUUCUUUCAGCCCUCUUCAAAAAUUAUAAGACAAAGUGACGAUCGUUCAGUUGAAAUACCGCGGAAGCACGCUGAAAACGCCAGAAUCGAGAGACUCGGAGGUGAACAGGAGAAGAGUGAAAGGCGGAUUAUAGAAAUAAAGAGAGAAGAAAAGGGAAAGUGAAAGUAAAAGCUAAACCUUGUUGGCGGGAUUUUGAGCAUUUUAUAAGCUAAGGGUGACUCUGAAGCCCUUUCCAAAAGAGACGAGCUAAUAAUUUAGCACUAAAUACUUACAGUACAUGGGAGGAUUUUCCGUGAUGAAGGAAUAGUUUAAGAGUCAUUGAUAAUUUUUCGGUAAAAUAAUUUACCUACAAAGGAUAAUGGUAAUUCUUAGGCAGCAGAUAAGUACUGUAUAGAUGAAGUUGAUUAAUCUUUUUAUGUCUUCUUUGGUUAACCUGUUAUCAGUGGGUGAUUUUUUUUUCCUAAAAUGAGAUCUUUAAUUCUUUGUUGCUAGAACUGAAGGCCUGACAAAUGAACAUCAGAAGGAGGUCGAUAAAUUGUUACGCGAAAUACAGACAAUGAAAGAAAAGUAAGUCUAUAUCAACCGCCUGAUUCAAUCAGUAGAAUCGGUUUGGAAUAAACAAAAAUUGAGUCUUGUAUUCCAGUUCUAGCUUCCUAUGUUAAGAUCGAUUUUACUUAACCGCUAUCUCUAGAGUUGGACAGGGUUCUUGAUGACAAUUCUCUUCGACGAAGCUGUAGUCGUCCACCGCAAAAACUUGACACAUUUAAGGUCAAUUUGUGUUGAGUCUAUUUAAAGCGGAUCUUACAUCAGAUUUCACGCCUAAAAACAGGAUUUCAAUCAUUUCUUGACUGAUCUUAAAGUUUGUUGAAGGGAAGUGGCUAUAUCCAGAAAAUGUAUGAGGACUACAACAAGAAUCUUGCAGGUCAUAAAUCCAGGCUUGAAUGUCAAAUUAGAUGUUAAACAAUUAUUCCUAGCAUUUUUCUUGCCACUGGUAAAAGCAAAGCAAAGUGAAUACUGUUGAAUAUUGAUCACUUUAAAAUAUCUAUUGCUCCAUGGGCAAAUAAUCGGAGUCAUCUAUUUUAUUCAAGAGUCUGUGUUCAGCUAAAACAUCGAAAGAUGAGUUUCGAUUGUUUCCGGGUGUAAAUAUGUAAUUGGGUUGAAGAGAAAUCUCGUCAGUGUGCAUUUUGUACGCUUAGAAUUAAUUCUGGCAGAACAGAAAGGUUAAAUUUUGGUAGGCAACUAAAUCGAGAAAGGGUGAGUACAUUUUAGCUUCUGCUCAUCUGAGAGGGUUUCCAUAUCUAUCGAUAAAACUUACAAAAACACACGAGAUCAGAGUGAGUUGUUUUGCUUUUGAAUCUCUUCUCUCAGAAAUGACACUCUUCUUAAGGAAAAGGAGGAGAAAAUCACGAAAUAUACUCAUAUAUAAGUUAAUAGACAAAAUUUAACUCACCUAGUUUUAUAGAUUCCAUGCUCACCCCACGAAUCUUAAUACAAGAAAGAGACUGUCCAAUGUCCAUGCAAAAUGACAGUGCACUUAAAACAAACAUUGAUUUGUUGCUGGAAUUCUUGCCCCUGCCUACUGUGUAUCUCUGGGGUCACAUGACUGCCGUUUCACGUGAGCAGAGCGUAAUUGAAGGUGUCAUGACAUUCUUUGUAGCAUUUCUAGGCUUUUGUAAAGGCUUUUGUUUCCCCAUAAAAGAUAUUCAGGUCCUCAGCUUUGGCUAAUCAUCGACUAGAAAGGCAUGAGCACUUCAUAACAAUUGCUCUCACGCUUGUUUAAGGACCUUUAAGAACAACUUACUAAAAUGCAAUGGCUUAUAAAUACAGGUGUUUAGUGUUUACUUGUAGAACUCCCUGGAAAAGUCUAUGAGAAUUUGACAAAUCGCGUCGGAAAUUAAGUCAAGUUUUACAACAACUGUUUGCAGAGUGCUGCUCACUGGUUUAGUUUUAUUACUAUUUUUCAAAUGGUGCCACAUAAGACCCAUUUUUAUGAGUCAAUGUGAAGAGUGCGGUUUCAAUUGGUUUUUUAAUCAUAAGCUCUUUCUUUUCAUAGGAAUCUGAAACUCAAAGAAGAAUCGAAGAAGAAGGAAGAAGAGGCAAAGGAGAAAAUUAAAGAGCGAGAGGGAAGGUAAAUUCUUAAAUUAUAUGAUUUAAACUUUUUUCACAUUUCACUGUAUUUUCCUUAAGUCUCACUGCUAUGAAUUGAAUUUGACAGGACAGGGGCAACGAGUCAUAAUCUAAACGGCCAAAAGAGUAUGAAUGUAGUGGACUAAAAUCCUCCAUAUUGGCCCUCCACUAAAAAUCAUCUCUCCUAAUUUAUUUAACACUUUUAGUCACUUUCUAGACUUAACGUACUUUCCGAUUGCAAUUACUAUAUAUCUAGUAGAACUUGUUGACCUUCGGAGACUUAAUGUGGCCUUAAAAUUAAUAUGGUGAUCUGUGAUCUUUGAUCUCUUGUCUGACUUUGAUUUGAUCAGAUUCCUUCACGGGAACAAAGAACAGUUCAAACAUUUGCAAUACUCUCACAUACAGUUUUCUUGUUAGCAGCACCCAACUAGGCUUCUUUUUCUCCGAUUUCAAUGAUUGUAGCUCACCUGCGAGGAUUUUUUUAUUUACUUGAAUAUAAGUCCCACAUGAUUGGGUGUUAAAAACCAACCUGUCAGUAGAGAGGUAUUUUGUCUGAGCAUGUUUUGUACAUUUUUUUGUUUGACGCGAGUAACCGCUGGUAUGCGCCCGCGUCGGUUUCCCCUAAAGACUAGAAGAGAAGCUUAAGAUACGUCGGAAAACAACAAUAGAUGGAGUAUUUGACAGAACCUUUCUUGUUGUUUUUCCCUCUGUAACUUAGAUUUAAGCGUCAAAGUCUUAAAAUUGUUGUGAGGUGUGCGGAAGGAGGUGAUUUUCAAAAAGCAAAAGAGUAUGCAAACAACUUCGAGUCUUGUUUUAUGAUUGUUUGAGUGAUCGAUGUAAAUGACGUUAUUAAUGAAGAAUUCAAGAGGCUGUUCGAAGAGCAUAGACGCAUUGGAUAGUACUUGUCAUUAUUAUCUCAAGUUAGCGUUGAUCAUUUGAAGUACUCACUUUCCUGUGAGCUUUUUGUGGAGCUUCAACUGUAAGUGCAAUGUACUUUCAAUUCAAGCGAAGGAUAAAAGUUUUCAGAAGUUUAUGUUUAGUUUCAAAAGUCUCUUUUUUUGACAUGAAUCACAACUGGCGGGGCCGAUUACCAAAACAAAAAAGGUCAAUGUCGGGUAAAGAAAAGUAAGAUAACGUUAGUUUUAGAGAUAUGGUCGUUACGUCAGAAGAUAGCCUGUUAGAAAAAGAGGAAUGAUAAUGGAUUUCAUUAGAUUAAAGAAACUCAUUUUCAAUCAUUAGUGAAGGAUAAAUCAUCAGUUACGGUCAGCGAUGCGACAAAUUUCAUCAAAAUUUGAAGACUUAAUUUUUGUCAAACUACCCCAAAGCCUCAAUAGAUGAUCGAGUAUUGCACCAUGGGUGGAGAGGUGUGUACAAAGACAAGAGAGACCAGAUAUGUCACAGCUAUCCGUUCUGUCAAUAGUAUCAAAAAACCUGAAAAGCAGAGAACAUGAGAGUUUAUUCUUAUCAUCAAUCUCAAUUAGUGAAGAAAUAAAAAUUGAAGGAUCGAGACAUUUCUAGCAAGGUGAAAUGCAAGUCAAACUGGUUCCAAUCUGAUAUUCGUUUUUAAUUACGACAGAAAUAGUGUAGUCAAUAUCCCAGAGAAAGUUUGAUUAUAUUAAUCUGCGAGCUUUAUAGUGCACUUCGACUCAGAAGUCAUUUCGCAAGACAGAAGCAUUCUACUGAAAUGAACCAGACUGAGUCAAGCUAAUCCCAUUUGUUUCGAACAACACACGAACAUAAAGAAAACUCAUGAAACAAAGCCUACGCAUUUUUUUUGAGGUGAAUGAACUAGUUAGACCGAAAGCUAAAUAAACAAUAAACUGACAGUGAUGAGGAAUUUGGGGACCGUGUGAUAAAUAAUUUAUACCGAAGUUUUACCUCUAGUUAGCACUUAAUAAUUAUAACAAUAAUAAUAAAAAUAAAAAAUAAAAUACUAAUAAUAAUGAUAAUUUCAUCUUCAGCCAUGGUAGGCCCGUCAGCAAUUGCUGAUAUCAAUGGGUGCCCUGGUAAAUUAUACAAAACAAUACUGAAGUGAAUAAAAUAAAUAAAACUAAAAUAUCAAUCGUAUUUUAAGAUAAUUAUAAGAAAAUCUAAAUAUGUACAUAUGAUGACUAAAAAUCAUUAAAAAAAUUCUCCUAUUUUUGAUUUAAAUAUUAAUAAUGACUUGAUUUUAAUUCCAGUGACAAAUCAUUGAAUGCUUUGGCCCCAGCAUACAAACCAACCCUUUUUUGCCACUUCUGUGCUAACCAAAGAAAUUAUAGUAUCUAUCAUGGGGCAGAAUGGGUGGACAUCAUGAAUUAUUCAUAACCAAAUUUGAAGGCGACCUGGAGCCCUAAAUUGAGAAAGAAUGGACCAAACUUGGCCAAUGAGGCUUCGUAAAACUCACUUUUCUGAUAUUUGAAAGUGUUUGCUUCUAAAUCAACGCUCGGCUUUUUGAAGAUUAAAGAUGUUUCUACAAUUUGCACCUAAAAUUAACGAUUUUUACAAAGUAGAAGUAUCAUCCUUUUGAACUUGAAAAUACACCAAAUUCGGGUAUUUUUAGUAUGGAAGUCAUUUUCCGAUUAUGAAAACCCUUAAUACCCUUGAACAAUCAACGUGCGGCAAAUAAAAGAUUAAUCUUUAAUCUCACAGAAUCCGUUUUAACUUUGAAAAUUGGCCGAUGGGAAUCUUUAUCCAUUUCAGUUUGAAAAAUUGUAGUCGAAAUUGCGUUCAAAAAUGGCGCUUUUUAGGUGAGCGAGCCAUUGUCUUUAGCCUAGCCAUGAAUAACAAUACACCUGUCAAACUAAACAAUGCCCAUUGUUGAAACUCAUUUGCUUGUAAAAUUAUUCACAGCUGCCGCAAAUUUUAAAACUGCUAUGUGUAUCAGCUGUCAAACCUUCAUUUAAGUUAAGUCAUGAUGGCGCGCGUUGACCAGCAAUCUGUAUGUGAUCGGGAGCUCUUUUCAGAGCUCACUGAAUCUCCCCGAUCUCUCGGCAAUUUGAAUGCGACCGGGAACUCUCUUUAGAGCUCACUGAACCCCCGAUCGUCCAACAAUCGGAUGCAGUUAGAUGAGAUAGCUAUUGCGUGGAAUGGGAAUAAAGACCGCUAAAUAAUGUUCGGCUUGGGAACAAGUGUUUAGGCAUCAAAAAAAGUAUGCUGAUGAUCAGUUCCAGUCCAGGGAUAGAAUUAUCAUAAAAAGCUCGAAGGAAACUGUAAUCCUAAAAUAGCGCUCUACUUAGUAGGUUUUUUCCUUUCGUCGAUUCGGAAAAACUUGCGUUAGAGCGAUUCAAAGACUUUAUUUCGUCCUUCAUUUAUGAUAUAAGUAAUUUUUCGAUGCGACAAUCGAAUCCUAAGCGAUAAAUAAUAGAAACACCCGCUGUUUAUCAAACUGUUGUAGGCUUGAUAUGAAGCGAAAUGUAUGUUGUUUAGAUUGUAGCGAGAGAUGAAAGUGUUAUGGCUUUUGAAAAAAUCAAACGUCAAUGACUUUAAAAAUACAACGCAUAGCCAGUUUGAAAUACACGCGCUUUAAGUGUGAUAUCAGAAACAAUAGAUGAAACGAUAAGUUUCGAAGCCUUUGUUUCUUAGCUCCGCCUUGACAAGUUAAUGAGCCUAGGCAGUACUCCCUUCGGAGGAAAGCGUGCGUGAUCUUCGACCAAUGAGAGCCUCUCUGUUCACGCUUCGCCGCUUAUAUUACAGAUCUAUAACAUUUUCGCCACUGCAAGUAAAUGUCGCGAGAACAAUAUAGGCAUUCUGCCCAAUGUGCCAUUUCUUCGGGUAGCCUGAGAAUGACUAGAGAUACUAUAGCAGUUCUUAAAAAUUUCUGAAAACAUACGUUAAUCUAUCUAUCAUGUAUCGUGAAUAUAGGGUUUUCCAACCCAUCUGUUGGUGCUAAAUUAUUCCAUAUAAAAUCACAAUAAUCUAAUUUAGGUGGUAUCAUUGAUUUAAAUAUCCUCUCGGUAGUCUGAAUAGAAAGGCUAUCUCUAAUCCUAGAUAAUAAGCCUUACUGGCUGGAUACUUUGUGAAAUAGCUUUGAAGAAUGUUCUUUAAAAGGCAAAUGUUCGUUCAAGUACACUCCAAGAUAUUUGUAUGAAGAUUUCUGCUCCAGCUCUUUAUCACCAAGUAGAACAUCGUUGUUGCUAGGGUCAGGAUCACUUCAAUUGAGUUUCUUUGCAGUUCCAAAUGUUCUUUGGAUGAACAUACAGCUCAUUGUUAGAUGACCAGCUUGCCAGACGAGAAUUCAAGACAGUAAUUACUUGCGCAGAAUUAGAGCUGCCAUGAAAACUCACUGUGUCGUUCGCAUACAUCAGUACAUCAGCGGUCUGAAACAGCCAUGCAGAUCCCUAAAAUAAAGAGAGAACAAAAUGGGCAAUUAGAAAAAUUUCCACCAGAACUCAGAAAAAAAAAAUAAGCCAAAAUCCGAGAUGAUUGAGGCGAGACUUUAGCCGUUGUUUUAACACAUGCCUACUUACCAUGUACAACAGACUUGGAGAGCUAAAAAAGCCAAAAUGGUUUUGAGUCAUAUCUUGGAAAAUCCACAUAAACAUCCCAAACACGGGUUCACCGAAGGCUGUAGUAAGACAAACGCAAUCCUGAAGCUGGAACAUUUUUUAAAGUCUUGUGUCCUAUGUGACCACAAAGAGAAAAAAGACGAUGUUAUUUGAAAUGAUUUGAAGCUUGGGGGCCAAGUCAAACUUAACGCUGUUUUACUUUGAAGUUCAAGUAAAAUAUGAUCAAAUUCUAAAUUAUGUCCUUUUAUCAUAACAGAUAUCUCACGAUCGUCUCCAAAUUAAACUUCGUGAUUCAUAGAACAUUGGCAGAAAUAUUGGACAAGAUGGCGGCCGCGCUUGCGCAUUUCGUCCAUAAUGGCGUCCAAAUAAUAUAAGAAACUGUAUGGAAAUUUGUAUAAUUUCUAAAAUAUAACAAUCACGAGCUCAUGAUCCCGUCUGCUCUCGAUCGAGACAUAUUCAGUACUGAUUCUGCUAUCCAUCAACCCUCACAGUGUCUUGAUAAAUAAAAACCACUUACUUCCCGAGCCAGUUCUUUUGUCAUUGUUCAUUGAUCUAAGUCGCCAUAUAGUUCUUCAAAAUCCGUCGUUCUCCAUCCCAAACACUCGCCUAUUACAGGAAAGUGCAUCAAUGAAGUCCACUGCUCUCGAUCGAAUUGACUGCUACUGAGUUCGAAGCGUCAAAAUAUCCUGUAAAAUUGUCAUUUCCUCUCAUCAAAAAACUUCCCAACGCGCCAGAAUAUCCCUUAUUUUCCAUGUUGAGUAAGGCACGAGACGCCAUGUUGAAAACUAUGACUGAAAUGGUUAAACACGAGCAACGCUGAUCUGUGAAUCAUCGGCCAUAUUUGUUUAUGUUCUUGCUGGGAAAUAAAUUAGUUCUUAGUUCCUUUUCGGAAUAAAAAUAUGCAAGGGGUUAAAUGCAAAUUUAGUAGUCUUGGUGCCAAACUUUAAUAAAGGCAAAUCAAAAUUCUGACAUCAAGUCAUCGCUCUGCCUCGAAAAAUUCAAAAUAUUUACUUGCAGGUCUUCUUUUCUUUUUCUUUUCAUCAAAUAGAAGAUCUGCGGUGCUCAAAUUGUGUAAGUCAUGGUACGAAACACGCUUCUUUGCAGGUCGAGCCAUGAUCGCCGCCGUAUUGAAUUCUCUUGAUAUUCUAUUGUUCCGGAGUGUAAUACGAUAUACCGCUGAUAAUUGUUAGCGGGCUCGAAAUGUCCUUGAUUUCUGGCGGUGAGUAAGACAUCAACAUCUCAAGACCAACUUUCAAGGUUUUGUUGUCUCAUGUGCACAUGUUGAUCUCCACUAAAUCAAAUCUCAAACUUCUUUCAUCCAUCCUCAAAAAUUAUUAGAAAAAGGUGGCGAUCGCUGAGUUAAAACCCGAGGCCCGCAAAAUGGAAGGUGUAAAACAAAGUAUCACGUAUUGUUCUUUACAACGUUUUAUGCCUCACUUGGCAUAUUUGUAUUUUUUGAGCAUUAUUAGCACAUUUAAAUUAAUCAGUUACAUGUGUAGAUAAAAAGUAAAUUACUUGGAUACGCACAUGCGAAUACAAACAUGUUUGGCAGACCCUUACUAAUGGAAUGAAAUGAUGAACUCCUUGCAAAUGUUGGGGAACAGAAACAGGAACUUGCACAGCAAGUAGAGAAAUAUAACUAUAUACCUUUGUGUGUUUUUUUAACUGAGAGAAAAAAGGAAUAUUGAAUAUAACAAUACUGAUAUUGAUGAUGAAAAUAGAAUAUUUAUUAUAAUAGGCAAUAACAAUAAUCAAAGUGAUGAUAUGAUAAUGAUACCGAAUGAACCAAAAGUUACAGGUUAGGAGUGAAGUCAAUCGCCCGGCAAGUGAAGUACCAGAUUUAAGAUUAUGACAAUGUUGAACUUCGAGUGAGGCCUAAAGCUCCCAUCGAAAGAGACCUCAAAACAUCCAGGCUUCGAUAGAAUCAAUAGUUGUGUCUUUCAGAACAUGUGCAGCUUGCAUAACAAUAUUUCAAGCUGAAAGUAUCAUGAAGGUUAAUGGAAAUUCUUUUACUUUGACUACUUUAAAUAACAUUCCAUCACCGGACAACAGUGGUUGGUGAACAUGAAGAUGUAGCGUAAAUUGCAAUAACAUUUUCUCAAAUUUUCUUUGAAAAUUAAUUUAAAAAAUUUGGUCACACACAAUAUUCAGGGCGCUAUCUACUCAUGAUAGGUGCUCUAAAAGGUUUUUCAGAAAUUGUCUCAUAUUUUUCCUAGGAAAGUGUGACCAAGCUUAACAUGCUCAAAAGGCUUCCUCCGCACCUCAAAACUUUCCCCAAAAAGGCACAAUUAUCCACUAAAACGAAAGCUAGUUCAAACUGAAUUAAAGGGUAAUUUUUUUGUUAAUCAGAGAGUAAACAUUUCCUUGUCUCUUUGUUCGUGGGUUUCCCUGAAUCUUAUUCCUAGAGUAGCUUUUCUUGAAAGAAACUUAUAUGACCUUAAUAUCAAAAGGUUAAUUAGAAGGUACGACAAUCGAUUGACUCAAUUUAACCGGCAACUCUUAUUUUCAACAAGGCUUGCUACUUUGGGAGAGAGAAUAGUCAACAUGAACCAAAGAAGAACUGAAAGCACGUUGAGCCUAAACAGGCAGUCUGAGCUUCAGGCAGAAUACAAGAACGACCUCAGAGAUGGAAGACGCGUUGACGCAGUAGAGUUGAUUGAAAAAAAGCUAAAGAGAGGCCGAUCUCAACACCUGUCCGAAGAAGAACAAUUAAAGGCGUACAGGCUCGCAUGUUAUAUAUUUGAGGUGAUUUGUUUGUUCUGUAAAAUGUCGUGGAGUUAAAAUAUAAUUUUUUUCAUUCAUACUGUACGAUAUCAGAUUCCAUGGCUAAAGAUUUAUAUUGCACAUAGCCUGUGAAGAUAAAUUCGUUGCCCGUCAUCUUGUACGCGAUCAAUGUACGAACAGUAAUAUUGUAUACGUUAUAGUGAAGGUUUAACCUGAGGGAUGAACACUCAACAGAUAUUUUUUUUAUCUACCUAUUUCUUUAUAUUUCUUCAUUACUUUUUCUUCUUCUCCUUGUUUUUCUACUUCUUCUCUAUUUUUUUAAUUUAUAUGAAAUACAUGCUCAUUUUUAUAACGCGCUUACCAACUGAAAUUUUCCAGAUCUACAAGAUCUCUUUGUAUGUCUUCACAAGAUUCAUUUACAAGUUUCUUUACUUUCUUUCAGUUAUCUUACGAAUGUGCAGUGGAGGCGAGAAGUGGCUUUUUAUCCUAUUACUCAUCGCUUUUGGACACUUUAGUUACUGAUGCACCUUGUGUCGGUUUAGGGGAUGGUACAUAUAAGGUUUGUGAUUUUUAGUGCUGUAAUGUUUAUCAUUUUAACUAGCUCUUCUUUAUUUGAGUUGUUUUUGUACAUACUUUUCCAAUCCAUAAUUAUCAAUUUCAUACUACAGUAAUGAGAAGGCGUGCGAAUAAGUUUACUUUUGUUUUGACCUCGUUGGUUUGGCUUGUUUGUUAAUUUGUUUGUUUGUUUGUUUGUGUCGUUGUUCUUUAUUAAAAAAAAAAAAAAAGGACGGCGCAGAAGACGCCUGUGGCAUGGAGUUUAAUUUGUUAUGAUGAACAGGCGAAUCAUAAUUCGUAGGAACGUCGUAAAACAUUUAGAAAGGACUUGAAAAAAAAAAAAAAAAAAAAAAAGUAAGGAUGUCCAAUUGUACAUACAGUUCGAAAAGUCAAACUGACAACUUUGAAACUGAGAGUUGUAUUUGUAAUGACAUGAGAUUAAGUAUAUCUGUUUCUAUUCCUAAGCUCCCCGAUGUCCUAAUUGCGAAAAGAUUGAAAGAUGUUCCACAAGAUUGCAUAAGUGAAGUCAUGGUCCUCGUUAAAGUGGCGGCUCAAAAGGAGAACCUUAAUUUGGAAGGGCUUGUUAAGGCGAGAUAACUUUCAUUGACAAUUUAAGUAUGAAAUAUUGUCUUUGUUUUUAUUUUGUGUGUGUGUGUUUUUGAUCAUUGGUUUUUUGGUUAAGUUUUGGAGCUGGGUUCGAAGUAUUAGACUAUAUUGCUUAUAGAUACAGCAUGUUAUACAUUUCGGUCGCAUCCUCCCAUUCAUGGAGGUUACCAAACCGUUUGCUUUUUUAUCUAUAAUUAUUGAAUAAUGCAACUUAACAAUGACACAUGUAAUACGUAUUAUUUUAAUCCCUAUAGGUUGUAAAGAGAGAAUUGAAGGCAAAAUGGAAGGAACAUAAAAAGAAAGAGGAAAUCCUUCCAAGCUUUGAUAAAAGCCUCAAAAAGGAACUAGAAGGGUACAUUGAGUACUGCACACGAUUUUCGUGGCGGGCUGUUACCCAAAUCCCUCCACUCAAAAUCGAUUACAAUUCUUGGACUUUUAACCCAUUACAUCAUGGUGAAAGCCAAGCUUUUCCGUCGUUAGCUAAGCCAAAUGCGUCUCAACGGUGGGCUAGCACCCAAAAAGAAAAACGGAUUUAUUGUUACUUAUGGCCGACACUUUUAGAAGGGGAAAAGAGAGUUAUUGCCAAAGGGGAUGUCGUUUUGACAGGGCGUAGCUCCGUUGGCUCCUAUGUGUGACAAGCUAUGUCUACCGGCAUAAUUGUGCCUCAGCUUAGAAUGGAAGAAAUGUCUCAGUACAAGUUUAACUGGAGUGACAUUCACUCUUACUAGAAUAAGAAAGAUAGUAAAUU